ACAGUGGAGCAGACAGGAGGUGAUGAUGGCUGACUCCGCUGACUCCGCUGUCUCUGUGGCUGUGAUCGGAAACACCGACCUGACUUCAUCUGAAUCAGAGAACAACCUCAUCAACACGAUGGUGGAACGAGGGACAGCUCUGUUGAGAAAAAUGGAGAUCAACGUGACGGAGGCAGAGAAGAGAACAGGGAAGAACACAGUGAACAUGCAGGAAACCUAUACUGUCUACCUCAUAGAAACACGGCCAGCUGAAACUUUCCCAGAGGGAGGACAACCGUCCGCAACCGAUACUUUGUGGAGACGCUACAGCGAGUUUGAGCUGCUCCGAAAUUACCUCCUGGUCACGUACCCCUUUGUCGUCAUCCCUCCACUGCCAGAGAAAAGGGCGGAGUUUGUUUGGCACAAGCUGUCAGCAGAUAACCUCGACCCGGACUUUGUUGAGCGACGGAGGGUCGGCCUGGAAAACUUCCUGUUGCGUGUUGCAUCACAUCGUGUCCUUUCCGAUGAUGAAAUCUUCAUCUGCUUUCUCACAGAGGAGAAGAAAUGGAAGGAUGCGGUUUUGGAGACGGGUUUCCAAGACAAGGCUGAUUCCAGACUCAAGUCUCUGAGUGCCAUGUUCAGAGUCAAGAACCCAGACCAGCAAUUCACAGCACUGAAACAGUCCAGUGAUGACCUGAACACAGUCAUCUCUCAGUUACUCAGGGUGCGGGCGAAAGUAGCGGACAGGCUGUACGGAGUCUACAAGGUCCACGGUAACUAUGGCAGAGUCUUCAGUGAGUGGAGUGCCAUAGAGAAAGAGAUGGGAGAUGGACUACAGAGUGCUGGUCACCACAUGGACACAUAUGCUACAUCAAUAGAUGACAUUCUGGAGGAAGAAGAGCACUAUGCAGACCAACUGAAAGAAUACCUCUUCUACACUGAUGCUGUCAGGUCAGUGUGUAAGAAACAGGACUUGAUCCAGUAUGAGUUGGAGAUGGCAGCUCAGGACCUCGCCAAUAAGAAACAGCAGAGGGACGAGCUGAUCAACGGGACGGUGCGAAUCUUUUCCCUGAAAGGGAUGACCAGUAAACUAUUUGGCCAGGACAGCCAGGAGCAGAGGGAGACCAAGUUGGCAGUCCUGGCACAGAGUAUAGAUGAGGGGGAGGACGCUGUUUUGGAGAAGAAUAAAGAGAGUCGAGAGUUUUGCAAAACAGCUUGGGCAGACAUCGAACUGUUUAAGGAGCAGAAGGACAGAGAUUUGCGUGAAGCACUAAUCAGCUAUGCCAUUAUGCAAAUCAGCAUGUGUAAGAAGGGAAUCCAGGUGUGGUCCAACGCCAAGGAGUGUUUCAAUAAAAUGUGAGCCACUUUCCCAGCCAAUCACAAUUGGCACCAAAACAAUAGCAGAUCAUAUCAGAUUGUACGGACUGGACGCGCCAGCCAGUUGUUGUCCUGCCGUCUUAUGGAAAUGGGCCAUGGAGCCCAAACAAUGAGCUAAAUUGAAGCUUCUGAGAGUAAUUGUCCCCUUUUUCUCUUUCUUCCUCCCAGACACACAGGCACACCCACUUUAAUUUCGAAAAAGAUAGCAAGUCUGAAUCAUUUAGUGAGUCCAUGCCUUUCUAAAUCCAAGUGUCUUAAUGGUACCACUGCUGAUUUGACUGUCGUGCUGCAGAUGACCAAAGUUUUCCAUAUUCGCCAUGAUUUACCAAGCUGACAGCAUGACCAGAGUCCUGUGUUGAUGAGGCCUGCUAGUUGUUUGGGGGGAAUCACUGCUCAUUGAAUCUCCAUUGUAAGCCCUUCUUUGAGUUGUUCUUCACUAUGAAAAUAAGGGAUAAGUCAUGACAUUUCAGCCAGGGGUUCAUGUGAAGAAUGGAGAAAAAAUGGCCCCUAUUGACCAGCAUCUUGUUUACAUUGGAGCUAAUUUGGCAAUUAAUUGUCCUCGUGCUAAAGCUAUGGCUUUGGUGGUAGCUCAGUAAUUCAUAAUAAUCUAUGUACAUCUUUAGGCAGAGAUAUUUUGUAGCAACUGGCCCCCGGGAAUUAUCCUGAAUAAUGUUUCCAUUGAUUUCCUCUUUCUCUCGACCUAUAGUAACUUUUAUUGUUUGAAUUUCUACAUAGUAAAUACGUCCUCAAAAUCAGCAAUCAAUUAAAUUGUAAGGCAAGGAAACAAAAAAAAAAACACCACUACACAUUCACAUGUACUUAUUUCCUUUUUCCAGAAUUACAUUUUAUACGCUUUCAUGCAGAUGUCAGACUUAAUGUUGUUAUUGAUCGACCAAAGUGCUUAUGACCAAUGAUGUGCCUGUAUAGUACAGAUCACAGGUGGGAAGCACGGGAGACUGUAGCGGGGUUUUUUUGGGGGGGUAUUUUUUUUUUAUUUGUGCCAAAAAGAAAAGCCAUGAUGAAGUGUAGCCAGAAGACCUCAGACUGUUUUUUGACUAAAGAGUAAAAGCAAAACACACACGCAGAUCAAUGGCUGAAUCUCUUUUCUCUACCGUCAAUAGUCAAAGGUUUAAUAUGAACAUCGGUUUUGUACAGGGGAGGAUUCAUUUGUUGUUGACCUUCUCUGCCUCACAUGUUUUUUCAGAAUUUACCUCGCUGCAAUAAAUAGACCUUCAUUGUGAUGAUGUGGAAACUCUUUGGUAUUUUUAGGUUAACAGUCUGGCUUCAUUCAUAUGCUAUAGAUUUACAAUACAUAUAAUAAUUUUGCUUAAUUUACAAUCUAGAGUCAGACAUAGAACGAUUGAACAUCUGAAACUCAUACUGAGGUAGUUUUCUGUCUGUCAGUUUACUGGAAUUAUCCUAAAUUGAGGCUUUGUGUGUUUUUGUAAUAAACAUGUUGAACGAGAGAUUGUUGUUUUCAUGUCUCUGUAUUCACUGUGCUAAUAAACACUAAUAAACGUAUUUCUUUUUAACUA